GUGAUUUGUAAUUAGUAACAGUUGGUAUACUGAAAGAAUUUUUUUUUUGUGGUUGGUAACGAAUUUGGAUGAAGAGGAAAUGAAAGUUGAAGCAAGAUUAAAUCGUCAGUCUUGGUUCGUUGCUGCAUAACCUCAAAUUAUUUGCUAUAUUUUGUGUACAUAAAUUUAGAUUGUAAAGAAACAGUUAAUAACGAUGGCUGUGGAAUAUUCAAAGGAUUGGGACAUUGAACAGUAUUAUGAUGAAACUGAGCCGGAUCAGCACUGGCAGCUCAGGAAGGAGUUUAUGACUGCAUACAAGGGACAAUUCUCAGAGGAAUACUUGGUCGCUCUGGCAAGAACGUUUACAAACAUAGAGAUGCUGGGCUGUGUUUAUCCGAAGGAGAUAAUGGUGAGAGUUGCAGAGCUUUCAAAAGAUAUUGCCGCUAAGUACAGGGAAUCCAAGAAAACCAAACUGCAAAGGACUUUCGUGAGCGCAAAGAACGCAGCGGAAAGCCGUUAUGGAGGAGGAAACAAAACUGAAUCGGAGACAGAGAAAAAGAAGCAAAAAUUAUAAAUUAACAAAAAACAAAACACACACACACACGUAGGAGAAGAGAUGAAGG